UGACGAUGAAGAGCAGCAUCAUUGGACCCCUGCUGCUCAUCCUCCUCAGCAGCAGUGUUGCAUUUGGCCUUGGAUCUGUGGUGAAAAAAGAAUACACACACUUUAAAUUUGUUCUCAGCUGGAAGGAAGCUCAAAGCUUCUGCAAGAGCAAGUUCACUGACUUGGCCACUAUUGAUACAUGGUCUGACAUGAACAGUCUGAACAUCAAUGAUUAUCACGCCUGGAUCGGUCUGCACAAAACAACACACUUCGGGAGUAACUGGGGCUGGUCUGAUGGUGAAGACUACAACGUUAACCUUUGGCAAGGAAACAGCUUUGGAAACUGUGCUAUGGUCCAGUACAGUGACAAAAAGAUCUAUGUCGAGGACUGUGGAAGUCAUCGAUUCUUCAUUUGUCGGAAGUACCUUUCGAACGAUUAUGAGUACCCGUUCAUACCAGAGGCAAAGACAUGGCCAGAAGCCUGGGAAUACUGCAAGACUAAGUACACUGAUCUGGCCAGUUUUUCAAGCUCCUACUUGAACAACGUCGUCAGAGAGAUGGAAUUUCCUAUCUGGAUUGGACUGCACAGAGAUGGAGUAGCAUGGACCUGGACCUGGGGAGUGUCCGAAUAUGGAAACUGGUCAGCAGGGGAACCGAGUAACAGCGGCGACUGUGGGUCGAUCUACUCAAUAUCGAAGAAGAUGGCUUCUCAAAACUGCGAUGCUCGUCUACCGUUCCUCUGCGUCUUAGACAGUGUGAUCCUAGUAAAGGAGAAUAAAAGCUGGGAGGAGGCGCUGGAACACUGCAGAGGCCUACGUUCACCCACAAACAACUUGCACUAUGAUUUCCUCAGCCUACAGCCUGAAGACCAACAGGACCUCAUUAUGACCAAGGUCAUGCAGGCUGACACUGAGGAGGUGGGUUGGCUGCUCUUAAAGAGCAAGUUUUGUACCUGAAACCAGCCAUGGA